UUAUCAAAAUAAAUCAAUAUGGCCGACUUUUACCGGUUGGUUCUUCUGUUUUGAUUUUAAAAAUAAUAUCCAUCAUCUUUUUAGUCAAGACUCAGUGAAUUUAUUAAAUUAUUGGUGUUUUGUCGUUGUUAUUUAAAAGCCAAAUAUGGAAGCACUCAUACCAGUGAUAAACAAAUUACAAGACGUAUUUAACACUGUUGGAGCUGAUGCCAUCCAAUUACCUCAAAUAAUAGUUUUAGGAACUCAGAGUUCUGGAAAGAGUUCUGUGAUUGAGAGCCUCGUGGGCCGAUCAUUCCUGCCACGGGGUCCAGGAAUUGUGACACGGCGUCCUUUAGUCUUACAGCUAGUAUAUAGUCCUAAAGACAGCAAGGAACACCGUUCAGCUGAAGAAGGUACAGUAAAUCUAGAGGAAUGGGGCAAAUUUCUGCACACAAAGGACAAAGUGUUCAAAGACUUCGACGAGAUCCGGCAAGAGAUAGAGAGGGAGACAGACCGCAUGGCCGGCAGCAACAAAGGCAUAUGUCCAGAGCCAAUCAGUCUCAAGAUAUAUUCUACUACUGUUGUCAAUCUUACGCUAGUUGACCUCCCCGGGAUAACUAAGAUACCAAUUGGUGAUCAGCCAGAAGACAUUGAGAACCAAAUAAGAAACCUCAUCAUCAAGUACAUUUCCAACCCCAACUCCAUUAUAUUGGCUGUGACUGCUGCCAACACAGACAUGGCUACCAGUGAAGCCAUCAAGAUGGCCAAGGAAGUGGAUCCAGAUGGCAGGAGAACUUUGGCCGUUGUUACUAAACUUGAUCUCAUGGAUGCAGGAACUGAUGCUAUUGAUAUCCUGUGCGGGCGCGUCAUCCCGGUCAAACUGGGCAUCAUUGGCGUCGUCAACCGAUCUCAGCAAGAUAUUAUCGAUAGAAAAACCAUUGGGGAUGCGCUAAAAGACGAGGCAACCUAUCUUCAGCGGAAGUACCCCACCAUAGCUACUCGCAACGGAACGCCAUAUUUGGCGAAGACAUUGAACAGACUACUCAUGCACCAUAUUAGGGAUUGUCUGCCGGAACUAAAGGUCCGCGUAAACGUGAUGAUAUCUCAAUUCCAAUCGUUACUCAACUCUUAUGGCGAAGAUGUGUCGGACAAGUCGCAAACGCUGCUGCAAAUCAUCACAAAGUUCGCUAGUGCCUACUGCUCCACUAUAGAGGGCACCGCUAGAAACAUUGAGACGACUGAACUGUGCGGUGGCGCUAGGAUCUGCUAUAUAUUCCAUGAGACCUUUGGAAGAACGCUGGAUUCUAUUCAUCCGUUAGUUGGUCUGACGCGCAUGGACAUAUUGACGGCAAUCCGCAACGCGACGGGGCCGCGGCCGGCGCUGUUCGUGCCCGAGGUGUCGUUCGAGUUGCUGGUCAAGCGGCAGAUACGGAGGCUGGAGGACCCCUCGCUCAGAUGCGUCGAAUUGGUGCACGAGGAGAUGCAGCGGAUAGUGCAGCAUUGCGGCACGGAGGUGCAGCAGGAGAUGCUGCGAUUCCCGCGCCUGCACCAGCGCAUCGUGGACGUCGUCACGCAGCUGCUGCGCACCAGGCUGCCUGCUACCAACUCCAUGGUGGAAAACCUAGUGGCGAUCGAGCUGGCGUACAUCAACACGAAGCACCCGGACUUCCACCGCGAGGCGGCGCUGGUGUCGGGGCUGCUGGGCGCGGAGGAGGACGCCAGUCCGCACUGCCGCAGGCCGCCGCGCGCCUCGCCCUCGCCGGUAUCCACACUCUUCAAACACGUAGCCGCCAUAACAGACGGCUCUGAAAACAAGUCCCCACAGUCAAACGAAUCUCCCGCCACUCCUCAGAUGAAUGGCACCCUGGAGAAAGCGCUGACGCCUCAGAAGCCAGUGAACCUAUUGCCUGAAGUUCCCAGCCACACCUCGCGCAAGUUGUCUGAACGGGAACAGCAUGACUGUGACGUCAUCGGUGGGCGGAGCGACAACACGAUGGCCAUAAGUCCACACGCAAAGACUGUAGACGGCAUCAGUUUGAUGCAUUUGAACCAAAUGGGUGACUUAGUUGAACGACUGAUCAAAUCUUACUUCUACAUAGUACGGAAGUCUAUCCAGGAUUCAGUUCCUAAAGCGGUGAUGCAUUUCUUAGUGAACUACGUGAAGGAUAACCUCCAAUCGGAGCUGGUUACCCACCUGUACAAGUCUGACCAAGCCGAGAGUCUGCUCAAUGAGUCUGAACAUAUCGCGCAGAGGAGGAAGGAGGCUGCCGACAUGCUUAAGGCUUUGCAACGCGCGGGUCAGAUCAUCAGCGAGAUCCGCGAGACACACAUGUGGUGAUGUCAGUCAGAGGACUCUAGUCUUUGAAUUAGUGAAAUGGGCCUCGAGCCCUGUACAUACUCCUUUUAGCGUAGGUAAAUUAUGUGCAUUAGGCUUUUUUUACUUACCGAUCUAUGUCCUCAUACGUUUGCUUUUACAUUAUAUGUUUUCUUCAGCUCUCUGUGCUAAUUACUUUAGAUAGGCAUUCGGCAUUUACGAUUCGUGAAUGUGCACUGUUACUAUUUAGAUAUUGCUUGAUACCAAAAUAUUCGGGGACGCGGAAAAUGUAGAAGCAAAUAUAUGAUUCAUAGUAACACUUUUUUAUGAGAGCACUGCAUGUCUGAAGAUGUUAGGCCGUUUUAAAAUUAUAAGUGUUGGAUUUUAUCGCGUAAAUUGAGUACUUAUUUUAGGUGGCUGUAUCGUAUUUAUGGUGCCAACAGAUUUUUUAAAGCCGGUCUUUGGCCAAUACAAAAUAACAUUUUAAGAUCGAAGUCACUGGACAAUUCUUAAAGGAUGCUUUUAAGUAUUAGGCUGUUGAUUUUAUUGUAUACUGCACAAAUGUAAAGCUGUUUAAAUUCAGUUACCAUUUGAUUAUUGCUUAAUAUUAAAUGCACAUAAGGUAGAUUAACUUUAAAGUGUACUCUAUUAUGAUAUUCAUACAGUGAUAUUCGUAACCUUUUACGAUUAACUUUUUUCUUAUCUGUUGAUAUUUGCUCGUAUUUACAAUAUUGUGAAUUAUCAAUUAUGUAAUUCAAAUGUAUUGUAGUUUGGAAAGACCGCGUUUUGAAUUCGGCAAAUUUAUGAACUUAUACAUACGGUCAACAAUUUCUUUUUAUAAACAGGGUUGGUUAUUAUUAACGUUUAGAUGUUUGUUACAAAGCCGAAAGACAAUUAAGGCAAUGUGAAAGUUUUUCAUACUUAUUUAUAUAUAUUUGGUUCCUCUGUAGUAUAUUGCUUAGAAUGCUGUAGAUUUUUAAUGUAUUCGAGUCAAUUUGUGUCAUCAAAAAGUGAUUUAUUUAUUACAGCAUUAGACUUAGCUUUUAUUCCAAUGUUACAUUAUGUAUUUAUCGUUAGUCCGAUGUGUGAUUUGCAUAUGUAUUGAACGAAACCAAUUGAAUGUUACACAAGGUAAGAUUGUAUUUAAAAGUCUGUUAAUUAUUAAAAUAGAUUAAUUGUCCAAGA